AGUGAAGAAGUAAACAAGUGGGAGCCGUCGGGUCGCUGCGUCGUGUCCAAAUUCAUGGUACCCACUUUUUGACUCCACAGGAUCGUACACGUACUUAAUUUUUCCUCGCGGGUCGUCCGCCGUUUCUCCUCUCACUUUUGUGAUAUAAUUUUUACCGUACCAAAGAUGAAUCCAAAUGCAGAAAUCUGCACCGUCCGGUGGUCGGACAGAGAGGUGGUCGAGCUGCUCAACAUUUGGGGCGACCGGAACGUGCAGAACCACCUGAAGAGAACCUUCCGAAACCACAACAUCUUUGAGGACAUUGCGGAGGCGCUCAAGGAAAAGGGCAUUCGCAAAACGGCCGAGCAGUGUCGACUCAAAAUUAAAAAGUUCAAGAGUAAGUACCGUUCGCUAAAAGAACAGUACGAAAAUUGUCCAAAGAGUUUCGCACGGAAAGCCUGGCAGUAUUACUCGCUCAUGGACACCAUCAUGGGUGAACAGUCAUCGCCAGCAAACAUCAAUGACAAUCAUAGUGAAAUCCUCAGAGCUAGUCUUCUAAAACGACCUAAUCAGCGACUGGAAGCAGAUAACGAGCACUUUCUUUCCGGCCUCCUUUCCACUCCUAAAGAUACUCCAGGCGCCUCGGAGGCAUCAUGGCCAGCGGUGAACAGCGCCCAGGUGGUGCAGCGACUCAAGUCGGGCGACCUCUUAAGUGCUCCCCAGUCAAUGACCUCACGGGAUACCAAACCCAUCCUGCCAAAACCCUCAACUUCGGCAAUGACCCCUCCGUACCUGGAUUCGCCACAGCAAACCCAGCAGCAGCAGCCAAGACCUCAACAGCCGAAGACACCCAAGGCUGCUCCAAAACCAAAAGCGACUGUGUCUCAACAGCCGAUUGUGGAAAAUGAUGACUCAGAGCCGCAGCAAGUGUGUCUGCGCUGGAACUCAUUCCACUCCAACAUGGAGACCAUGUUCCCCACCCUUUUGUAUAAGGAAAAGUUUGUCGAUGUCACACUUGCCUGCGAAGGUCGCAUCAUCAAGUGCCACAAGGUGGUGCUGUCCUCGUGUAGUCCCUAUCUAGAACGCCUUCUGAGCGACAAUCCAUGCAAACACCCUAUCAUCCUGAUGCCAAAAGAUGUUCCUUACUGGGCUCUCCGAGCCAUUGUUGACUUCAUGUACAGAGGCGAGGUCAACGUUGAGCACGAGCAGUUAGCUCCACUCUUGGCUGCGGCUGAAUCGUUGCAAAUCAAAGGUUUGGCUGGAUCUCCUGGUGGUACGGGUGGGAAGAAGGAUGGAAGACCUGCUGUCAAAAGAAAGAAGUCAGAUUUGCCUGCCCAAGCUGUCCAGCAAAAGUUCAUUCCUCAGCAAAGCCAAGCACCCUCUCAGCCUCAACAAUCUACCUCAAGUCAACCAACAACAACCGCUCAGUCAACGAAGAACAAAGAAGAUAAAGAAUCUCCUGCUCACAAACAUCCUCGAAUGGACCCUAACAUUGCCGAGAGUCUGCGUGGUUUAUCACCAGGCAUAGAAAUUACACCGCUCGUGUCUUUUGAGGAUAUCAAAUCAGAACCUAUGGAUAGCAAUGAUGAAGACGGAUCUCUGGAACCAACUGAGGACUAUGGAAUUGGAAAGGGCUAUGACGAUGGAGAAGAAUCUUUACCAGUCAGUCAUGUGGAAAGUCUCAUGGAAGAAGAAGACCUUGGCGAUGAAAGCGACACUUUGAAUGACCAUUCCCAAAUACCUGACCCAAAUGACCUUCUAUCGACUGAAAUGGAACCGAUUGAUGAAGACGACUCUGUUAAUGUUUAUAGUGAAAAUGGAAUGGACUUCCCUGACUGUGGUCUCUCAGAAGAAGGAACUGAUCUUGUGGAAUCUUAUCCUGAAGUAUGCAUGCCCAGUGAUCCUGGGGAACAUGACGGAAGUUAAUUUUUCCGUUUAUUCACAAUCAAUGCCAUGAACAACACCAGUGCGUCAUGAGUUUCGUAAUAGAGCAAUGAUUUUUAUUUUCCAUUGUGUAUAUUUCCAAAAUAUUUUGCAAUAAAUUUAAUUGCUAAUAAA